UUUGCCCGGAAAAGGGUAGUACAGGCAUCACCAUGGCCCAGUCUGAGAAAGCUGAAGAGAUUUUGGAAAAGCCUCACCUGACGGAGGAGCAGGCAGGACAUCUUGUGGAAAGACUUUAUGGGCUCAAGGUCAAGUCUGUAAAGCCACUGGACAGCUAUGAUGACAUGAACUUCUAUGUGACAGUUGAUGGCCCUGCCCAUGCUCAUGGGUACACGUUGAAGGUUAUGAAUGGUACUGACUCGAAAAAUGAGGAUCUGAUAGAGGCACAGAACAAGAUGAUGACAUUUCUAGCAGACAGAGGAUUCCCAGUACCCAGAGUCGUGCCAAACCUUCAGGGUAGGGACAUGAGCCUCCAACAACUACUGAAGAAGGACAAUGGUAGCUAUUCUCACAACAUCGUUCGCCUUCUGACCUACCUGCCUGGGACUGUAUACCACAAUGCUCCCAUCACUCACCACUUAGCCUACGAAGCUGGUGCUUUUCUAGCCAAAGUACACAAAGCCUUGAAGGAUUUUUCUCAUCCAGCCUUGCACAGACCAGACUUUGUGUGGAGCCUAAAAUGUCUCCCUAGUCUUGAGAAGUACCUUCACUGCCUGAAAGAGGAACGUCACAUAGAGAUAAACAGGGAAAUCAUUCAAGCCUUCAGAGAAAAAGUGCUGCCCCGUAUGGAUGACCUUCAACAAGGAGUGAUGCAUGGAGACUUCAAUGACCUGAAUGUCCUGGUAGAGGAGGACCCUGUAACCCCCAGCGAGUUCAGGGUUUGUGGGCUUCUGGACUAUGGUGACGCCAUUGUUGACCCCUAUGUAUUUGACCUUGCCAUCGCCCUGAUGUACUUCAUGACAGUAGUAAAGGAUCCGAUCUCACUCGGAGGACACCUUGUAGCAGGAUUUGAAAGUGUUCGUGCCCUGACACCUGCAGAGUGGGAUGUGCUGUACUACUGUGUUGUUGCCAGGGCCUCGCAGUCUUACGUACUGGGGCACUACACCGCCAGUAUCCAUCCUCAGAACACAGAAUACCUCAUGGUCACAGCGGGAAGUGUCUCCAAGUUCAUCGACAUGUGGUGGGGAACCCCUAAAGAGGAGAUCUACAAACAGUGGAGGAAUAUUCAGAAUAACUGAUACUGAUUGUGACAGUGACUUUGAACACCACAUGAACCACAGUGAAAGUAAUACAUUCGCAGUACAUGUACAUGUAUUAUGCAACUCUCAUGCCAACUUGGCGUCCAAGCUUAAUGAUAUACAAAGGGGAAAUUUGGUGCUCUAGUUUCCUUGGAGAUAAUACUGAGAAGUCAAAUUCUUAAAAAAUUGAUUUAAUAAUUUGACUUAAGUGAACUUGCAGUGAUUGUACUUGGUGCUAUCAUACAAUUACUACUAGCAGCCAACAUCUUAAUUCAUAUCCAUUAAGCAGAAGUUGUUGGAAUGAUAGUAGUUACUGUAUAUUUAUACAUGUAAUAAGUUUCAAAAUUCUCAACAAAAGUGUGACAUGUCCAUAAGAUGUACCAAACAACUUUUAAUAAUGCACAAUUUCAAAAUAAAAUUAAUAACAAUAGUAAAAAAUUAUAACUUAUAAU